AUGGCGUAUUACGAUGGCGUCUCCGGCGAUUUGGUGGGGGGUUUCCUUUACUUUCCAGUAGAAGGUGCGGUGGACCGGUGGCGUGGGGAAGCGAAUUUUUGCUUAAAUGGGUUUGGGGAUCCGCCGGCGGCGGCGGCAGUUUCUGAUUCCGGCGGCUUCCGUCUUCCACGACCCACGCCAUUUUCAGCCCCCAGCUCGUGUGCACUUCCAGUUCUUACCCGGAUUAUCCGCGACGAACCGGAUCGCGACCCACCCCCCAGACGGCACCCCUACCGUAUUCCUCUCCACCGGGUCGACCAAAUUGAACCGGGUCGGGUCCUUGCUCGGGUCGAAAUUCCCGAACCCCUGCCCCACCACGAAGAAAUUGAACCCGUGCAGAUGCAGGGGAUGGCUCUCUGCCCCGAUUAUGCUCGUGUCCUGCAAAACGACCUCCAGCCUGGCGCCGAACGCCACCCCAGCAACCCUCGUCCCGCCUGA